UUUCCUAAUGCACAAUCCACUGUAUUCAAUUACUAUACAUUAAUUUUCAGAUUCUGUUCUCUUCUUUUGUUCAUUAUUCUAAAAGGGUGAUUCAUGGUGGCCGGUCAGUGGAUUUGUGGCUGGUGACAGUGACUACAUUGUUUAUUUCCUCUGUAACUCAUGGCGUUUCAGUUCAUUACUUGAGCGCCCACUUAUAGAAAAUGUGACUAAAAUAUAUUUCAUUUGAGUCUUAAUUUUUUUCAGUCAAUUUUUUUUUAUCUUCCAGUGUGAUGCAAUGUUUUAAAAAUCAGAUUCUUGAUGGAACUAAUUCUGAUAGAAUAGGAUAUUAUUUAUUCUCUUUGUAAUUACGCCUGUAAUUAGGGUUUAAUAUUUAUUGUUAGUCAACUAGGUAAGUUGCAUAUAUAGGGUAUUUGAUUAUCAAUAAUAGUCACGGAAAACAUUUCUUUCAUGGUAUCAUAGAGCAGGUUCAGAUCCUUCCCUAUCUGACCUAAUUAUUUACUUUACAGUUAUUUUAUUUCCUUUUUCUCCCUCCUUCCUCAAAGGCCGCCGCAGCCUCUCUCUCAGUGCAGCCGCCGCCGCCGCUAGUCCACCCGCGCCUCCUCCGUCGCGCCGCCGGUCCUAGCCAGCCAUCAUCCUCCUCCGUUCGUCCCCAACGAACAACUGCAGUAGCACCGUUCGUUCCCAAACGACCCAAAUUGAGCCGCAUCUUCUCGCGAUCCGCACACCUCCGGCAGCCUCCAACCGCGCCUGCCCCGUCGCCGCCCGCCACCGGCUCGCGCGCGCCACCCAUCGGUCAGAAAGACCAGCGCCGCCGCCGCCCCUAGGGUUUGCAACAUCCAUUGCAACCCGCGGCCCCGGAUCCGACCCGCGUCUCCCUCUGCCACUUUUGUUUAAUUUUAUUUUUUAUUUUAUUUGUUACUUCCUUUCCGGUUCACCAGACACCGGUUUGACCAGACCGGACCGGCUCAACCAAACCCGGUCAAACCGCUCCCGCCAGAAACUCAAAAAAAAAAAAAAAAAAAAGAUUAAAUUCCUUUUAUUUUAAUCUUCUGUUUUUGCAGUUUCUAUGGCUACCUCCGACUCCACCAAUGGCUCUCCAACCGGCGACACCACUGUGAUCCCUACGCCCACGGCGUCGUCGUCUUCCUCUGCCAAACCGGAUUUUCAUCCGGCCCUUGCUGUCAGCAACAUCAAAAACAACAUUCCUUUCAAACUUGAGUUAGACAAGGAUCAUUAUGCUAUGUGGGCUGAAUUGUUUGAGACUCAUGCUCACGCCACUCAGGUGCUCCACCACAUCAUUCCUCAAGCUGACAUGGAGCCUCCUGCGCGCACCGAUGCUUCCUAUGUCCGGUGGGCCACUCUUGACUCCACUGUCAAACAAUGGAUUUAUUCCACCAUCUCCUUUGACCUUCUCUCCACUGUUAUGGAGAAAGGUUCUACUGCUAUGGCUACUUGGAACCGUAUCGCUUCUAUGUUUGAGGACAAUCAGAACUCCCGUGCUGUCGCCCUCGACCAGGAUUUCAUCUCCACUCGCAUGGAGGAUUUUCCUAAUGUUUCGGCCUAUUGUCAACGUCUGAAACAUAUCUCUGAUCAGUUGAGGAAUGUUGGUGCCCCUGUUAGUGAUCAUCGUCUUGUUCUCCAGUUGGUCUCUGGUCUCACUGAGCCUUUCCGUGGUGUUGCCACCCUGAUCCGUCAGAGUGAGCCUUUGCCUCCUUUCCUCAAGGUCCGCUCCAUGUUGAUUCUAGGGGAAUCUGGUCUCGCCAGGAUGUCAGGUCCGGCCUCUCAGACUGCUUUGCACACCUCUGCUUCCCGUCCACCGGCCUCCGUUGACUCCUCUCAGCAGCGCCCCACCUACCGCAGCGAUCAGGGCCACUCCAACCAUCGUUAUGGGUCAGGGCAAAAUCGCAAUUAUCAGGGUGGUUCUGGUAAACCUAGGAAGAAAGGUGGCUCCCGUUAUCCUGGAUCAUCUGGCUCUUCUGGUUCCUCUGCUGCAUCUCCUCCACCCUGGCGCCCACCACCGCAGGCAUCCUGGAAUCCAUGGGGUUGGGCUCCUCCCCCUGGUUGGGCUCCUUCCCCUUGGGGCAUGCCUCCUUGUCCUUACCCCACAUCUCAGUGGUCGCGUCCCAUGGGUGUUCCGCAGCAACCCGGCGUUUUAGGUCCGCGUCCUCAGGCCUACACCGCUACUGCUUCUCCAGCACCCACUGAUAUCGCUGCUGACAUGCACACCAUGUCCUUGACUCCUCCAGACACCACGUGGUACAUGGACACCGGCGCCUCGUCCCAUACUGCGGCAUCUCAAGACGGGGAUGCCUCUCCUGAGAUGUAACAGCCUCGGCGACCUCUACCCAGUCACUCGUUCCUCUCCCUUUGCUGGUCUUGCUUCUAGUGUCUGGCACAAUCGACUUGGUCAUCCAGCUUCCUCAGCUUUAAACCAUCUUAGGAAUAAUAAACUUAUUUUUUGUGAACCUUCGCGUUCUAGUUCUGUUUGUGACUCUUGUGUUUUAGGCAAACAUGUCCGGUUGCCUUUUAGUUCAUCUGCAACUAUUACUUUGAGACCAUUUGAUAUUUUGCAUAGUGAUUUAUGGACGUCUCCUGUUUUAAGUACUGCUGGUCAUCGU